CCCGCGCCUGCUGCUCUCUCUGCUCUCUGACCCCGCAGCGCUGCACUCUGCACCGGGCUGUCAGCGUCUGUCUGCCCGCUCUCCGCGCUCUUCCAUACGGCCUCGCUCUCACUCCGGCUCCCCGCUCGUGUCCCCGCUGCUCCGGAGGUCUGGAGGUCCUUUACCGGGUCGAAGGUGCUGCCCCCGCCCGACACAGGAGCAGCCACCUCGGGCACAAGAGCGACACCGCCACGGCCGCAUGGAACCGAGCGCGCUGUCGGCUCGCACUUCCAGGAUUCCCCCGUCGGUGCGGUGAAAGGGCGACCCGGGCUCCGCGCUCCUUCUGCGGCCACCACCACCGCAUAAAAACGGCCCCGAACAACCAAGACCUUUUCCUCACGUGGGUUUGACUUUUUGCUGGGACCAUGUACUCUGGACCCGAGAGAUGAGCUCGCGGCGCUCUCAGUGAAGACUCGGACUCUUAAAAGCGGUCAAUUUUGUGCGUUUUUGGUGGAUUUCAUUGGAGUUUUCAGUAUUUUUCUGUUAGUUUUGGGGCAGACGUAGCCUCCCAUGUCCCUGCCCCGCUCAGACCAUGGCUCACGGUAAAGUCUCCAUCUCUGUGGACGAGUACAGCUCCAACCCCACACAGGCCUUCACCCACUACAACAUCAACCAGAGCCGCUUCCAGCCGCCGCACGUUCACAUGGUGGACCCGAUCCCGUACGACACGCCUAAACCAGCCUCUCACACGCGUUUCGUCUGUAUCUCGGACACUCACUCUCGCACCGACGGGAUCCAGAUGCCCUAUGGAGACGUGCUGCUCCACACUGGAGAUUUCACAGAGCUCGGACUGCCCUCAGAGGUCAAGAAGUUUAAUGACUGGCUUGGGGGGCUCCCAUAUGAGUUUAAGGUGGUGAUCGCGGGGAACCACGAGCUCACGUUCGAUAAGGACUUUAUGGCCGAGUUGGUGAAGCAGGAUUAUUACCGUUUUCCCUCAGUGUCCAAACUCAAACCCGAGGACUUCGAUAACGUUCAGGCUCUGCUCACCAACUGUGUGUACCUGCAGGACAGUGACGUGACGGUCAAAGGCUUCAGGAUAUACGGAACGCCAUGGACUCCGUGGUUUAAUGGUUGGGCAUUUAACUUACCUCGAGGUCAGUCUCUGCUCGACAAGUGGAACCAGAUCCCAGACGGAGUGGACAUCCUCAUGACGCACGGACCGCCGCUCGGUUUCAGAGACUGGGUGCCAAAGGAGCUGCAGAGAGUGGGCUGUGUGGAGCUGUUGAACACAGUGCAGAAGAGAGUCCGACCCAAACUGCACGCAUUCGGAGGGAUCCACGAAGGUUACGGCUUAAUGACAGACGGAUACACGACAUUCAUAAAUUCCUCUACCUGUACCGUCAGCUUCCAGCCCACCAACCCUCCCAUCGUGUUUGACCUGCCCAACCCACCGUCAUCCUGAGACCCCGCCCACUUCAGGAGAGGCCAUGCCCACCUCCUUAUGAGACCCCUCCCCCUUGACCGAAACCACACCCUGUACUCCUCCUGCACUGCAAGAAACUGACCUCUACUCAAGUUUAAAAUUGAUAUAGAGUAGUUUAGGUUAAAGUUUCUGUACCUGAUUUGUACUGUCGUAAAAACGUGAAAAACAGAACUAUCUCGAGUUUUCUUCUCAUGACAAUGCUAACAACAACUAGCAUGCCAACACACACCUCCUGAUUAUCGAACAAUAAAACGCAUUCUAAUUCGAUCCAGACAGCACACAGUGGACUUAUUUUGACCUCAAGAGCUGCUUAUACAAUAUAUCUGUACUGGGGCAAAACACAUUUUGCUCAACUACAUGGGAACAAAUCAGGUACAGAUCCUUUAAUUUUUCAGAAAUACCUAAAUCUUGUUUAAUAAUUUUAAACUUGUGCAGACAUUUUUGCAGUGUGAACCCCUCAGACUCCCAAACCAGCACCACUUUUCUAUAAAUAUUUCUUGUUUAAUUCAUAAAGAAAAAUUCAAAAUGGCGGCACUUUGUAAACAGACUUCCUGCUCUCUCUCCAGCUAAGCUUCGGUGAAUCGUGGGAGUUUGAAGGACUUGAAAUGUGCCGCCAAAUUUUCAGUUUCUUUGCAAAUGUUUCUCUAAACUAUUGUUGUAAAAAGACUUUCUGGGGUGAAAUGAUUUGGGGAGUUGACAUUGGAGAAUAUCGGCGUUUGUGUCGGUGCCAUAUGUAAUUCAAAAUGCUGGUGAAAAGUAGGAUUCUUUUGAGAAUUUUAAACCAAUUGUGACUUUGUUCCAUUUUAAUCUUUAAAAUGUCUUUUUAUUGAAUGUUUAUGGUAUUUUUAAAUUAUAUUGUAAAUAUUUAUGAAGUUAAAAGUGGCACAUGCUAGACAAAGCCUCACAACCAGAGGGUCCCAGGUUCAAAUCCCAGAUCACAUUUUGUUUUUGUUUUUUUUCUGUUUGCAUGUUCUCCUUAUGUCUUUGGCAACCUUACACAUGCAGAACAAUCCUCCAGAAUUAGGGACUCCUCACCAGGAUCCUGGCUUAGAUUCUCCCACAGUGGCUGAGGGGCUAGCACCGGUGCCCCACAGCAAGAAUGUUUCAGGUUUGACUCCUGGGUCAUCCGGUUCUUUCUGUGUGGAGUUUGCAGACCUCGCCUCUAAGAUCAUGGAGAUAGAUCCCAGGGUGCUGGGGACCUAGAGACACUGAAGGAUGGGUCAAAUGCAGAGGACACAUUUCCCAGAUGGGAUUAAAGAGUGUCUUAACCUUAAACUAUUUCAUAAAAACAAAGGCUUUACUUUUAUAACUUUUAAACCCUGUCCGGUUGUCUUGGUCUUGUCUGGAUUUGAUUCUGGAUUUGUUCUUGAAAAUAUUAGGCAUAAAGGUGCACUGCGUAACUUUUCUGGAGUGGGAUCUGUCACCUGCUUGCCUCAAUGGAGAUGUGAUUGCUUUACCUGAAAUGUUCCGCAGUAUCUAUUCCGAUCAAUCAUUCACAUCACUACUUCACAACUCAAAUACAAAGAAACCCAUCUUUAGCUCGUCGUUUGGCUGACCGCAAUGUGCCACUGUUUUAAUUUAGUUUCAAAAUCAUAAUGAAUGUUUUAUCAAAUGUACAGAUUUCCAGCAUUCGAUGUAAAAUUGUCCAAACGCCGAUAUUCUCCGGGAGUUUUGUGGUGAAAACAAUCUUUUUCUGUACAAAUAUUUGUCCAUCUGUAAAAUAACAAAGCUUUUGUCAAAUUGUCAAAUUUAGUUUUUUCAGCAAUUUGUGUUUAGCGCUUUUUUAUUCGUCAAUCUUUUCUUAUUGGCCGAGGCAAAGUCCAUAUGAAAACAGGCUCAGGU